GAUAUUGUACGUGUACCGAGAACUGUAAAUGAAAUCGAAACGCGCGUAGGUGAUCAGGUAUAAUCUAGUAUUGCAGGCGCGUCAUCGCUGAGCGGUGUUCACCUGACGGUUGCGAAGAACCAGGACCAGGUCAGGGGGGCCUGAAGAACCACCGAAGGUGGGGUUAACUCUCUCUUGGACUCAACUGAUAAUGAAACUGCUGGCCAGUCACACUUUCACGCUCGCCGCGAUUUGAACUUUUCGCUUAUAACCGCGAAACAAACGAAACUUCCAUACGCGUUUACACUUCCAUGUGCAUAUCUGAUUUUUUUUUGCUUUUCCUUGUAAUUCUCCCACUUCCGUCGAUGUGAUAGGUGGAAAAAAAACAAACGGUUCCAGUAUAAUUGCUUUCGCGUAUUUCAACGUUUCGAAAGUAAACAGCCGAGUUGAUCAAUCGAUUGACACAUGCACGACAUACACGUUUUUAUAUUUCGUUGCUAAAUGUUCGUAACGGGGCCGAAGCGUUAGUGGAAUCACAACGGUAAUAAUAGGUCUGUCUAAAUUAAUCUGCAACCCCCGAUUCGAGUUAUUUACCCGCGUUUAAAAACCGCGAGUGAAGUUAUGUGCUUGUUCGUCGGUACCGGUAAUGCGGCGAUGAACCCAACCGCGGUUCAUUAGUCUAAAGAAAUAAAACCAUUGUCAACAACGCUGGUGUAAAUACAGGGAUGAAUCACUAAAUGGUUAUUAGAACGCAGUGCUGAGCAGUGGAAACAGCAACGAUACACAUACAAAAAAAUCCACGGUUAUUAUCCCACAGGAAAGACUAGCUGCGCUGAAUUGUAUCCGCAGUGACAAGUGCGAAUCUGACAAAAAAUCUGCCACACAAUUAUUCGGAGAACAAACCAAACGUCACCGUUCUGCAGUGAUUCACAUCCCGCAGGAUAACGGAAGGCAAAAGUCUAAGGGAAUAGGGGAGAGCGGUUAACUUCAACUUUAUGACUUUGAAGCUCGUUGGUUCAAAGUUCAACCUUGUCGCUGAUCAUGGGUCGUGAACUCGUACACCUGUUGAUUGCCUGCCUGCACUUCGUAUAUUCCUCACCGCAACCAGCGGAAAGCUACAAUGUAUUGCUGGCCACGAUGGGAGGCACAAAGUCCCACACGGUACCGUUUGUCGCCCUUGGUACUAUUCUGAAGGAGAGAGGACACAACGUAACCCUUUUCAGCGCGUUCACUGGCCCCGCGGCAAAUAACGCACUGCGCGAAUUUGUGCCUCCCGUUUUAGAGGCCUACGUCGGAAACUACACCGCCGAAUGGGAUUUGGUGGGAUCGAGAUUCCGGAACGAACUUCCUCUAUCACCCUGGGACGCGAUGCGGUACGGAUGGGAAGCCUGCGAAGCGCUCCUGCAGGACGAGACGUCGCUUAACUCCCUCAGGAAACCGGAAGGAGAUCCAAGAGCUCGAUGGCACGUCGCGGUGCUUGACGGGACUUAUCCGGAAUGUUUACUGGCGAUUCUGCACAAGGAGAACGUGCCAACGAUCAUGCUGAACACAGUUGCCCUCUACACCGGAUCCAUAACUCGACAGGGUAGCCCGUCGCCGUGGUCGAUCACACCGUACUUCGGAAAGGCUUUCACUCAAGACAUGAAUUUCAUACGGAGAAUCGUCAACGUCGCGUGUUUGAUGACCCUCGAGGUGAUGCACUGGGUCAUGAUUACUGGCUACCUUCAACCCAUUCUGAGGAAACAAUUAGGCGACGACGUCCCGGAUGUCAGGGAUCUGAUAGCUGACGUACCAUUGACGUUUCAAAACAGCCACUACACAGUCGCGGACUCUCUUCCACAUCUGCAAAACGUCGUGAACGUUGCAUGUUUGCAUUGCAGACCGGCAACGGAGCUCAGCACGGAACUUGAAUUAUUUCUGCGAAGAGGUUUCAUCUUCGUCUCGAUGGGCUCCUCGGUGCACGCGGCUGGAAUGCCUGACGCUCUUCGCGAAAUCUUCAUCGCCGCCUUCUCUACUCUGCCUUACAACGUCGUCUGGAAGUGGGAGGGUGGGAAGAUAGAAAAUCUUCCCCCCAACGUCAGGAUAGCCGCGUGGUGGCCGCAGCAGGAGUUGUUGGGCCACCCGAAUCUCAAGGCUUUCGUGUCUCACGGAGGACUUCUUUCCCUACACGAAGCCGCAUUUCACGGGGCGCCGACUCUUGUACUUCCGGUAUUCUGCGAUCACGACGGAAACGCAGCGCAGGCCGAGAAACAAGGCUACGCACUCUUGAUGGACCUCGCCAGCAUCUCGGCGACUGCGCUUCGCGAGGGAAUUUUAAAGGUCGCUUCCCCGAAGAGCAACCCUUACAGAAAUGCCGCGAUACAGAAGAGCAUCCUGCUAAAGGACCUGCCGAUAAAACCUCAGGACUUGGCUACCUGGUGGGUCGAACACGUGGCGAAAUAUCGCGGAGCUGAACACGUUAAGAGCACGAGCAGGCACAUGACGACGAUUCGUUACUAUUCAAUCGACGUAGCUGCGUUCUACGUGAGCCUCGUUACGAUCCUCGUUUACACCCUGAAGAAAUUCACGCUGAGAUUAGUAGUGGCAAAAGGAAACAUCGCUAAGAUGAAAAUCGACUGAUGACCAACCCAGGUUUAUUACAGUGGGAAGAGGAAACGUACGAUUAAGCUGACAAUUAACGACAAUUAACGAAAACGAAAGUGAUCUCUGUCCAAAUCGGACACCGUCACACGAGGAUGUGUAAAUAUGUGUGUUCCUGCGCGGAGAGGAAGUACGUACAUGUAUGAUACAUUCGGUGAACGAUAUUCUAUUACCGAUAGUCAUAAUGCCAACUCCGCCAGGCCUCUACAUGUAAUACAUAUGUAUAUAAUUAUAAACGGUCGUGAAAAGUGAGUGUGGAACCAAAACUUGGACUAUUACGCAAGCGUAUACUUACAUGCAUAUGCAUAUGUAUAUAUAUAUAUAUAUACAUAUAUGCGAGGUUUGUAUAAAAUUUGCGAACAGUUUACACGUAUCACAUUGGUGCUGCGGCGAUGAUUAUUAUUCUAUAGCAACGGCACCUGGUAACGUGCAAUAUGCAUUGAGAAUAAAACCGUAGCGGGAAAGGUGAUCCGAAUUUCACCGCUUCGUAUAAUAAUAAGAUAUAACGUAGCGUGCGUGCUGCAAGAGAAGCUAUUAUAUGUUAUAGAGGCAUUGCAAGCCACUAAUAUCGGCGCUGUUCUUCUGCGCGUGUCGAACGUCGCGCUUUCUAACGCGGCAAUAAAAUUGUAAAGCGGUAGGUAGCCACUGUGAAUAAAAAAAAAAAAAAAAAUGUGUGUGCACAUGUAUAUACUAUAUAGAAUUUAUAAUUUAUAUUGUAGACAUGUAUUGAAUUUAUCGUAAAUCAACGCGAUGUGCCGAACGAAGCGCCGCAGUCACGCUGCUGCGAUAUAUUAUACAUAAUAUUUCGUGUGUUGAAUUUUGUUUUUUUUUUCUCUCUCUUUACUUCUACGUUGUAAAUUAGAAAUAGGUAUAAUUCUUAUCGCAUGUACGUGUAUAUGUUUGUUGUAUAUGCAUAUAGUUUUAGUGUAAGCAAUUUUAGUGACACACACGCAGAUAUGUUUAAAAAUCGAAAGUUUUCCAAUAACAUGACGUAACUUUUGUUUUAUGUAGGUACCGUAACAUUCGCGUGUAUAUUUAUAUAGUAUAUAGUGUGUAGUAUAGGAGUGGACGAAACUUGUGGUUGAACGUUUCUAUAUAUGUACAUACGCGUGAUCCUUGAGAAACGUGUAAAACUUCAGCAUUUUAAUAUCUUACACAUAUCCUCUGCGAAGUUCCUGCGGCGAAUAAGAACUUUUGAGGAAAUAAUUUUUUAUUAUUUUCAACUUCUCUUGCUUCUGUACCUACUAUUUUGAUUAUUAAUCUUUUUUCCUCUCUUUGAACGUCGUUCGUCUCAAUUUGUUUUUACGCAGACGUGGAAAUAAUUUCGAUUUGGUCACGCACGGUUAACUGUUUAUUAAUUUUCAUGAAAAAAAAAAAACUACUUGUGUUACCUAUAAAUAAUUUUUAUCACAGAUUGUUUUAGUUUUAAAUUGAAUAUGUUGAAAUAUUUAUUUAUAAGUAGAUCGUUGGUAAUAAAUUAAGUGGAAAAAGUACAAGACACGUAU